UUUGAGAUUUGCCACGGUCGAUUCCGAAUCGGCCUAUUCACCGAUUCAAACUUCCGAUUCCUGUAUCCCGCUUGUCUCAUUCAGCUUUCAAGAAGCUUGGCGAUGCCUAUUUUGUCUCUCAGAGUCUCAGCCAAACGCAGAGGAACACAAGAAAAAUGCAAAGGAUUUCUUCGAGGAAGCUUCUUUUCGGAAUCGAAUUCCGCCUUCUUCUCUCUUCGAAUCCCUAUCAUUGCCGCAGUCAAGUUGAAGAAUUCAUAACAGGACCUGCACUUCAACCAUCCUAUGAUUCACCAAAGCUUCACCCCAUCCAGUCCUCUUCCCCUCAAAUUAUUACAGAAUCCAACCCAUAUCAGAUUGUUCAAACCUCGCGUGCAUUAUCGACCUCCAAUGGCGAUGAUUUACAGAAAUCGAUGAACUUAAGGAAUCCAAGCAUCGAUAGAAAGCGAGAGUUUGGAUUCGUUUGUCUUGAAAACAAGCAUGCAUUUCGAACAGAUCCGUCUAAUUCCGAUGAAUAUACUGCAGAUGUCGAGAAGAUCUACAGAAUUCUGCGUAAGUUUCAUUCAAGGGUUCCCAAAUUGGAACUUGCGCUUCAAGAAUCAGGUGUUAUUGUAAGGUCGGGUUUGGUCGAACGCGUAUUGAAUCGGUGCGGUGAUGCCGGGAACCUAGGGUAUAGGUUCUUCGCCUGGGCCUCGAAACAACCUGGGUACAGGCAUAGUUACGAAGUUUAUAAGGCCAUGAUCAGGGUUUUGGGGAAGAUGAGGCAGUUUGGUACCGUUUGGGCCCUAAUCGAAGAGAUGAGGAAAGAGAAUCCCCACUUCAUCACGCCUGAUGUCUUCGUUGUCUUGAUGAGGAGAUUUGCUUCCGCUAGAAUGGUUCAGAAGGCAAUUGAAGUCUUGGAUGAGAUGCCCAAGUAUGGGUGUGAGCCCGAUGAGCACGUCUUCGGGUGUUUGCUCGAUGCCCUGUGCAAGAACGGCAGUGUUAAGCAAGCUGCUUCGCUGUUUGAGGACAUGAGAAUCAGGUUCACGCCUAAUCUCAAGCAUUUUACCUCCUUAUUGUAUGGUUGGUGCAAAGAAGGGAAACUCAUGGAGGCUAAAUUCGUUUUGGUUCAGAUGAGGGAAGCUGGCUUCGAGCCGGACAUUGUCGUCUACAACAAUCUUCUCAGUGGGUAUGCAGUGGCUGGGAAAAUGGGGGAUGCAUUCGACCUCGUGCAGGAGAUGAAGAGGAAGGGAUGUGACCCAAAUGCAACUUCGUACACAAUUUUGAUCCAGGCACUCUGUUCCAGAGAAAAAAUGGAGGAAGCUAUGCGGGUUUUUCUUGAAAUGCGAAGAAGCGGAUGCGUUGCAGAUGUCGUGACCUAUACCACCUUGAUAAGCGGAUUCUGCAAGCGAGGAAAGAUUGAUAGAGGUUAUGAGCUUCUGGAUAGUAUGAUUCAGCAAGGCUGCAAUCCAAACCAGAUGACUUAUUUCCACAUUCUGGCGGCUCAUGAGAAGAAGGAAGAGCUAGAAGAAUGUUUGGAAAUGGUGAAGGAGAUGAAAAAGGUGUGUUGCAAUCCUGAUCUCAGCAUCUACAACACUGUGAUCCGCCUGGCCUGUAAAUUGGGUGAAGUGAAGGAAGGAGUGAAAGCUUGGAAUGAAAUGGAAGUCAGUGGGAUAAGCCCGGGGCUUGACACCUUCACCAUCAUGAUCCAUGGGUUCCUCGAGCAAGGCUGUUUACUUGAAGCUUGUGGUUACUUCAAGGAGAUGGUGGGGAGGGGUCUUUUAUCUGCUCCACAGUAUGGAACCCUUAAGGAGCUCCUGAAUUCGUUGUUGAGAGCAGACAAGAUUGAAAUGGCGAAAGAUGUUUGGAGUUGCAUCGUUACCAAAGGUUGUGAUCUCAAUGUGUACGCAUGGACGAUUUGGAUUCAUGCAUUGUUCUCAAAUGGGCAUGUCAAGGAAGCUUGCUCCUACUGUUUGGACAUGAUGGAUGCAGGGGUCAUGCCUCAGCCAGAUACCUUUGCAAAGCUAAUGCGAGGCCUUAGGAAACUUUACAACAGACAGAUUGCGGCAGAGAUCACAGAGAAGGUGAGGAAGAUGGCUGCAGACAGACAGAUAACCUUCAAGAUGUAUAAAAGACGAGGUGAAAGGGACUUGAAGGAAAAAGCCAAGGCAAAGACAGAUGGGAGGAAAAGGAGGGCUCGUCGACGUCAUUGAGGUCGCCUUCGUCAAGACGGAGCUACUAACAUUGUGAAAUUGGAAUGAUGAGGUGAUAGAAUCACUUGCUUGUUGCUCUAUGCAAAAGGUGUUGCAAGGCUGGGCUGAGCAGAGGAGUUUGAUUCAACUCUUUUUAACUAAUUUUUUAGCAGCUUCAAUACCUCAUAGCUCGGCCUCUGGAGAGGAGAAGAUUGUCCAGAACCAACCCACGCUUGACUUUUUUAGGUCCUUUAGGAUGUGUAAUAAUGCACACCAAUUAGAACUUCCGUUCAUACAAUCAGAAGCAGUAUCAGUGAUCACUGCAGCCGGGUGUCAAUGCAGGAGUAUUUAUGUGUUCUGAAUUCAAACUACUAGAGUCUUAAGAGUGGGUUGAGGUCAAGGGAUGUAUCGUAUGAAGGCUGGAAUUAAGCGGCAGAGGCUGUGGAGAAUAAGUGCUUUUUGGCCAAUGGAUGAGGGUUAGCCUGGUAUGGUUCAAUGAUCCACUUAAUUGCAGAGUGAAAAGAUUUUACUUUGGUUCCAGGGUAUCUGUUUCACAACAGCCAGAGGAUUUUUACAGGCGGUGGACAAAGAGUCUAAAAGAUCAUGGAUGAGUAAUGUGCUGUCCCAGAGUUUCAAGAAUUGGAAUCAGAUCCGUAUGGAAAUUGGCUGAGCCUGAUACUGAUAUGGCUGAACACCAUGUCGCAAGAGAAUGGCAUGCCAAACUGUAUCAAAAGCAGGAGUAACAAAGUGGGCAUGCAGAUUGUUAUUUUUUCAGUAAUUUUCCCGAGAAGUACUCUUGUUGGGCUUUGUGUGGGCAUUGCCACAUAAAAACUCUGAAUUUUGGACGAACAGGCAACUUCCAAAUAUGUUUCCAAGGGAAUGGUUCAUUUAGAUACGCCUUCAUCUUUAAAACUGCUAGACAGACCUGUUUCUUGGCGAGAUUACCAAUCCUGUCAUGCUGGACCAGACUGCUAAGUGGGAGUGGCCUUCUUGCUUGAUCUUCUGGGGUGCCUUAUAACAAAGGAUCAUCCCCCUGCACUCCCACUGUUAUUGUAAAACAUUGUAGCUUUUCAAGCUAUCGGAUAUACGUUUCUGAAUGCUUCAAACAGUUUCAGUUGUUCAUUGGCA